AUGGAGCAGUGUAUUCCAAGCAAAUACAUGGCCAUUCAUGACUUCAAAAAGAGGGUAUGUGACUUGUGGGGGGGAAAUCAGGAGAAAGAGACUAAUUUGAAAUAAGACAUGACUAAUUUCCAGGAGAAAGUGUUACAAUUAAAAUGCAUCUUUAAACAUGCUUUCAGUAAACUGGCAAUGCUAAUAAGCAGAACUUGUAUACCUGGCCAUGAAAUAUGUUAAUGUUUAUUAGAGAUAUUUAUGCUUCUGAUGUGUUCACAAAUAACGCUUUUUGAAAAUGUGUAUCGAACCUCUUCAUUGUAUUCUAUCCAUUUAAAAGGAAGCUGUGUUUUUAACCCAGUUGGAUUGAAAACCUUAGUUGUGAGCAGUGCUGAAUAUAUCAGCUUUGAUAAGAAAUAGUUCAAGCCUUAGUUACUGCAUAGCAACCAGUGUGUGUGUGUGAAUGGGUUUUGCACUGGGGGUGAGGGAGGUUGUGUGGCAAGGUCCCGACCCCCCCCCCCUUGGUAGAAUAAAGACACAUGACUCAAAUAUUUAAGGUUAAUGGGCUAAAAAAAGGCCACAACUUUAUUGGUUACAGGUGAUGAGCGGUGUAUCUGACUCCAGCCCAUCUGCAAGGAGUCCAGGAAGGAGUUAACCACCAGUAGGGGGAGUCCUGCUGAUGCACAUCAACUAUGAACUCCCCCAGGGGUCACUGAUAGGGGUUGUGCCUUAGGCCCUAACCUUCCUAGGCUUCAGACAGGGCCACGGCCCCCGGAAUCCUUUAACAGAAUACCCUUCACUAUGUGGGGCAGGUGAUGGCACUACAUCCACUCUUCUCUUCUCCAGAAACAUUCCAACACCUAACCACCAAACCUUAAAAGUUGUGACAAUUUGCUACGAGGUAGACGAAAACCAAGUGGCUGGUGCCAAUUUGCCAAGUGGAAAAAUUCCUACCAGGCCCCUCAACGGCGACCAACCGAAGUCCAUAGCAAUGCCAAAAGACAUGAAAACUUUAAAGGGCGGGAGGAUGGGAAAACUGGAGCAGCUGGAAGCAGGAAAGAGAAAGAUCUCCCGGCUGCGUCCUGCCUUUAUGGGGCAGGCCACACACCCCAGACCAACCGGAUUGGUCGGCCUGGCCAAUGACACAGCCGGGAAUCCCCCAGUCGCAGGGCUGGCUACCCACCCCCUGCGCACGUGGGAGGGUCAUGAGAGCCCGCAACACCACCUCCUCCUUAAGGCGGAAGUGGCCUUGCGGGGCAAGGUCCUGAUCCCUCCCCCCCUUGGUAGAAUAAAUACACAUGACUCAAAUAUUUAAGGUUAAUGGGGUAAAAAAGGCCACAACUUUAUUGGUUACAGUAUUGGCUUAGGCUAUGGUUACCAGAUUUUUUUUCAAUGAAUCCGGGGACACUUCUUUUUUUUUUCCUUUUUUUCUUUUUUUGAAGCUGAGUAGUAACAGGGAGUCAGUAGUGGGGAUGGUGAGGCAAAAGACCCUGGGCCCAAGCAGAUCUGCAUAUUGUAUAAACGUGCAAAGCCCUUCUUUCACGCCCUGUGAAACAUAAAUGCGCAGAGUUUUAAAAAAACUGGGCAACGCCCGCCCACCCACCCACAACUCCUGAGCCUCCUCCGAUCAGUCAAAACAAAGGGGGAAGGGGGCAGGAGAUUUGUACCACUGAAUGUCCCCGGUACCCCUUUGGCAGUGGCGGUGGCAGUGGCAAUCAGCAGCCCGUAGCCAGCCUGGUAGCGCAGUUGGCUCUGGCUGACUUCAGGAGCUGCUCGCUGCCGUGGCACCCACCAUUUUUCCUUGCCAGAAGUCCCCAUAUGAUGUGUUGUGCACAAGACACAUCAUAUGGGGACUUCCGGAGAGGGAAAAUGGCGGGCACCACAGAAGCGAGCAGCUCCUGAAGCCAGCCAGAGUCAACUGCGCUACCAGACUGGCUCUGGGCUGCUGAGGCUGCCGCUGGACAGAUUUGUAAAUCUGGGGACAUUCUGGGGGCAGAAUUUGUCCUGAGACAGAAACUGGGGACAUCUGGUAACCCUAGCUUAGGCAUUGGAUCUAACCAACUAUAUCUGACUCCAGCCCGUCUGCAAGGAGUCCAGGAAGGGUUAACCACCAGUAGGGAAAGUCCUGCUGAUGCACAUCAACUAGGAGCUCCCCCGGGGGUCACCAAUAGGGGUCGUGCCUUAGGCCCUAGCCUUGCUAGUGGCAUCAUUCCCCACAAUACAGAUGUUGGUUUUCUUCUCCUGUAGUGGCUGCUCAGGCAUUUAGCUCAGUUCAGGCCUAGGGAUGAGGAAAUCAAAAUCUGAUAGAGCAUUUGCAUGCAUGCCAAUUUGUGUACACCUCUUGACUGACAUCACUCACCUUCCUCUAUCGGGCUAUACCUGUGGUGAAAUCCCCACUCAGGCAUAAGGCUCGCUACAUGACUGCUUCAGGCAGUACCUCUCAGUGUAACCUACUCAGAGUUGUUGUUAGGAAAGAAUUGUGGAGCAGAGAACCAUAGGACAAAAUAACAAUGCAACAGAGGCAUUCCUGGAGCAGCUUUGCAACUGCAUUUAUCAAAUCUAUUUUUGCAAGGUGAAAAAAUGAACAUAUAGGCAAAUCUGUGCCCAUGUGAUUGGGUGCUCAGCGAGCAUGCUAUUUUGUUGUUUUUUUUUCAAAAGUCAAAAAACCCUGUAGUUAAGUAUUUGUUUUGCAAAACACAGUUCAUUUGAUCAAUAAAUGUAAUUCAAUUAACGGAGCCGUCCAACACAUAAGUAGAUAAUAAGCUAAUAAGCUAUUAACAUGGCCUAGAGAAAAACAUGCAAAAGGUUAACAUUUUCCAUUGGCUUUUGAAAAUAUAUAAUCACAGCAAACCCAUCAUAUCAAGGCGCCCACUCAGCCUUAAUCAAGUCAAGGGUCCCACUCAGUCCUGAUUACAAUUUUUGUGGCUGUCGAAUUUAUUUAUUUAUUUUACACUAAUACAGACCCUGUGACCCUUCAGACGCUGCUGGACUCCAACUCCAUCAGCCCCAGAGAGCAUAGUCAAUGGCUGAUGGGAAGUGGCCGUAGAUUCCCUGCUCCUACACUCCAUGUAUUCUAUAACUAGUCUAAACCAAAGCAGCUUCAUUGCGGCAUAUUUAUACCAGAGCUAUUGUAUGUUGGAAGGCAGAGGGCCUUCUUGGUAGUAGCACCUGCCCUGUGGAAUGCCCUCCCAUCAGAUGUCAAGGAAAUAAACAACUAUCUGAUUUUUAGAAGACAUCUGGAGGCAGCUCUGUUCAGGGAAGUUUUAAAUGUUUGAUGUUUUAUCGUGUUUUUAAUAUUCUGUUGGGAACCAGCCAGAGUGGCUGGGGAGGCCCAGAUAAAUGGGCAGAGUACAUUUAAUAAAUUAUUAUUAUUAUUAUUAUUAUUAUUAUUAUUAUUAUUACUACUACUACUACUACUACCACUACUAUUUCUGUUCCUCCACAUUAUAGGGAUUGUAGAAUAAAUGGAAGAGCUAGCAGGUAGGCCAAUUGUCAUAGAAUCAUAGAAUGUAGAGUUGAAAGCAACCCUGUGGAUCAUCUAGUCUAACUCCCCACAGUGCAGGAAUAUGCAACCGUCUCAUAUGGGGAUUGAACCUACGACCUUGGUGUUAUCAGCACCUUGUUCUAACCCAGUGUUUCCCAAUCAAAGGCCAUAUAGCCCCCUGGGAGACCCUAGGAUAUUCCAAGGAGGCCACAGGUGAAAAUCGCGAAAGUGGAGGGCCACAGCACGAGGCUAGAGGGCCACAGAGGGAAGUGAGAAAUGAAGAAGAAAAAAAUCAUAUAUAUUUUUAAUUAUGAAAAAUGUCCUGAUUGGCUGGUUAUCUGCUUGGCCAAACACAAGCGGGUAAGGGGGCUGCCCACCAGGGCCCAACGCUCCUUUUUGCCACGUGUGUUUUCUUGGAUCAAACCAGGCCUGAGCUACCCAGGCAGACCACACACUCUGCCACAAUACACUUUGGAGAACAGGGACUUCAGUCUUGAUCCUCCAUACUCUGAUUCGACAUUCCCCAAGCUGAUGCCCUCCAGUUGUUUCGAACCACAACUCCAAUCAGCCAGUAACCAGGGAUGAUGGGAACUGUAGCUCAAAACUUCUGGGAAGCACCAAGCUGGGCUUGGCUGCUUUAAUCCGUUCUCAAAAUGGCCCCCUGGCAAAACCUAACUGCUACUCUGCCAUUCCUCUUUAAUCAGGUAAUAAAAAAUGCUAGUAUCUGGAAAUAAUUGAGAACGUGGCAGAUUUAUCCCAUUGAUGAAUCAUGUAUAACCUCGUGUGUGUUGUCAGCCUCUAGAAAACUCCCGAAGAAAUAAAGGCUUCUUUGCUAUUGGCUGGAACCACACAGGAAAUCCUUCGAUGCACUUAAGAGAUUGGUAACAGUACCUCCUUCAGGUGGACGAGCAUCGCGAGUCGAGCAGGCUGUCUCCUUAGCGACACUGAAUCCAAAGAGUUCCAGCCAAGACCCCAAAGGGGUUUUUGUGUUUCUGUCAAAGGGAUGCCGUGUUGCAAAGCCAGGAAGAGGAAAGAUGGGGGGAGAUGCUUUUUCGGAAGGCAAAUAGCUUCAUGGGAGCCUUGAAAGCUUCACGCAGCCGCGCAACAUGUCUGAAAGGUAGGCAGCUGAAAGUAGGCGAGUAACUUUAGUCUUUGCACUAUUGACUUGACACACUUUGAAAAACCGAGAUAGGGUUACAGGAUUGAGUAUCUCCUUUUUUGUAUAUUAACGCACAGUUAGCAGUCACUGAAUGGCUGAGGCUGGUUCUGCGUGCUGGGAAAGCGAAGGAGAAAUAUGUCACUUAUUCAUUACUGAAGACAAAUAGCAUCCUCGAAGAAAUGGAUUAUUUAUGAAAAGCAGGUACAAACAGCCUCUCAAAUGCGAUAUUAAAUGUACAGUCGUUAACAUUAUUGACGACUAGCCUGGUGUCCGCGUUUUGCAUCCGCCGGCGAUGGCUAAUUGUAUGCGAAAUGGCUAAUUAUGCUAAUUGGGUCUGAAUUGCAAGUCAGAGACAUUUUCUGUGCAGCAAAGAAAUGAAUGCCGCAAUGUUAGUAUAAUCCUUCACUGUGUGGCCACACGCUGGAAAGGUAUGUGCGUUGGUAAAAUUGCUCUCAAAUGGUUCUGUUAUAAUAGUUGGAGCCUCUAAUGAAGCCCCAAAAGAUAUAUUGCUGUGUCUAAUGGCUCAAAUGUCGGUGGUGGUGGUGGCGAGACCUGGAAUGUGCCCCUCUAAAGUAUGCCAAGCUACAGCUGGGUUGUUAAGCUAGCAGGAGAGAGAUGGCUGCAAUCACCAGAACAGCAGGGUCAGAACAAAAUAAGAAUAAAAAAAGAAAAAUAGCAGUCACUGUGGAGUGUUGAAAGGACUUCGGUGUAAUGUAGGCCUUCAUAGAUGAGGGUCCACGGCUAUUUAUUUCCAUCCCGUCUCACAUAAUGGUCAACUGACCAGAAAAAAACACGCAGGCUUCUUUAGUUGUUCUGCUUUCUGGCACUUGCCAGAACAUAAAUAAGGAAGGCUUGCUGUUGUUUUCCCUCCCUAACCUGCUUGACUUUUAAAGCGGUAUAUUUUGGGUGAACUGCACUGGCCACACAACCAAACUCUGGGCUCGCUAGCCCCCAAACCUACCUAAAAGAAUUGGGCUCCACCUAGGGAGGCCAGGUGCUAAAGUACAGCCCUGUAUUGGAAGGGUGGUUCUGUGUUUCGUCCUCUGCUGUUUUCGCAGAAACUCACUAAAACCUGAGUGAAUGCUAUAGCAGACUUUAUUCUUCAUGAGGCCUGGGAGCCAGGCCACAACACUGGGUUAGCUCUCCAGGAGCUGGUCUUCUGGUCAAAGUUGCUUCUCUUAAAGGGGCCAUGUGGCACUUAUUUAGCUGGUAACACAUACGCUACAGUCUGGUCCAAGUCCAGUUUAAAAAUAAAGAACGGGAAGAAAGGAGGGCAGGAUGGACCUUAAAGUUGCCCACCAACAGUUAGAUUGAGCAGGCACAGCUUCUUCCCUGCUAUGGUGAGAGGUCUUGCAUUUUCACUGUAGCAUUUACAAAUGUGCAUCCUUACAUAAGCAUUGUUGUUGGUGUUGUUGUUUAGUGGUUUAGUCGUGUCCAACUCUUCGUGACCCCAUGGACCAGAGCAUGCCAGGCACUUCUGUCUUCCACUGCCUCCCGCAGUUUGGUCAAACUCAUGCUGGUAGCUUCAAGAACACUGUCCAACCAUCUCGUCCUCUGUCGUCCCCUUCUCCUUGUGCCUUCAAUCUUUCCCAACAUCAAGGUCUUUUCCAGGGAGUCUUCUCUUCUCAUGAGGUGGCCAAAGUAUUGGAGCCUCAGCUUCAGGAUCUGUCCUUCCAGUGAGUACUCAGGGCUGAUUUCCUUAAGAAUGGAUAGGUUUGAUCUUCAUAAGCAUUAGCAUAUCCAAAUGUUAUGCAGAUCUGCGUCAUCAUUUGCCCUCUUUUUUGGGUGAUGAACAAGUGUCCAACUCUACCCUUCCAGCAGCCUGCUUUGGGCUCUGUCCUCAUGCCCUGCCCUGGCAUCUGAAUUUUGUAUUUCAAAGCUAGCAGUCCUAACCCCGCAAGCCGUCCCUCCCAGUCCUCACAUCCCUCACAUUUACUAGUCAUUUACAGCAAUGCAUUGUUUUUCCAUUCAUCCCUGCCACUGAGAUUGCAAAAAACCAAGUGCCACACACAGCCCUCUAAUUCUAUCUGGUGAUUGUAAGUUGGCUCAUGUAGAGCAAGAGCACAGUGCAAAUAGGAAGAGCUGCUAUGUUAUCCUUCUCUUGAUAACCCCCUGCCUGGAUUGCCUGCCGCUCAUUGUUUCUUUCACACAUGGAGUUGGUGUUCAGCCACAAUGCUGGAGUUCCAUUGCUGUGUGAUUUACUUUUCUUAUCUCUGUGGGUUUUGCUAUUGGAGAAUCCACUCCUGUGGUCUCAGAUGACCCUGAUUCUUUUCAAAUGCUUUCCCUCGUCCCUCAGAAAAAUUGAAGGAGGACAUCCUAGGGCUAUCAGACAGAAAAGGACAAAGGUUUGUUCUCUGCUGCCCCAGAGGGUGGUUCUUGAGCCACAUCCACAAGAGACAUUUAUAGCACUAUUAGAUCACUUCGAACAGUCAUGGCUUCUUCCCAAAGAAUUCUGGGAACUGUAGUUUGUUAAGGGUGCUGAGAGUAGUUAAAAGACCCCUGUGCCCCUCAAAAAGUGGCAAUUCCCAGAGUUUUCUGGGAAGAGGCUUUGCUUGUGAGGCUAUACUAGAAUUGUAGCUCUGGGAAGGUAAUAGGAACCUCCUAACAACUUUCAGUGCCUUUAAUAAAAUACUGUUCCUAGAAUUAUUUGUGGGAAGCCAUCACUGUCUAAAUUGGUACCAUGGUGCUUUAAAUGUAUUGUAUGGAUGCAGCAGUUGCUGGGAGGCUAUUGGACAAGAUGUUUCCGGUCAUUGGAUUACUCAGUAUUGGGUGACUCACAGAUGAAUUGUCUCCAUUAAAAAGUUGACUUUGAAUGAUAUGAAAUUGGGUGCUGACUCAUUCACACAUCCAAGCAAUUGCUUGUUACUGUAGUCAAUGAGUGGUGAUUACAAGCCCCUUUUAAGACACUGAGAGGGGCUGAAUGUUUAUUUGAAACCUCCUUCCUUCCCACAGUACUAUGUGUCAAUAUUAUUUUUCUCUCCACUGGAAAAAAAACCACCCAAAUAUGCAUAUAAUAUUUUCAGACACCAUAUAUUACUAUAUUCAAUACUAUAUUGGAUUCACUUGUAAUGUGGUGCGCACUUCCAGUCCUUCUGCAUAUGGGAACCUCUUUUCAUGUUUUAUCACAUAAUAUAAACAUCUAGAACAAUGGCAAAGGAUUCUCUCUCUCUUUUCUUUUUUACAUAUAAUGACAAACUGUAUUUGGGUUAUUGUAAAUCUUACGAUUUCUUAUUUUCUCUCCCCUCCCCUCCCCCCUCGCCCAUCCAACAUAACUUGGCAGCCAAUUCAGACAGCCGAUUAUCAAAAGUAAUUUUUCUCGGAAGUUCUGUGGAGAGAAAAGAUAAUGACAGUCUUGAGUGCAGCACUGUUGACCGUAAUCUAUUUUUAAUAAAGGAUAAUUUGGAGAACGUUUUUUCUCCUUCAAAUGGGCAGAGCUAGAUAAGGGCAGAAAGCUCUGGUAACAUGCGGAAAAUCUUCAACCAGUUCCUUGUUGUCAAUUCUCCUCAGGAUUCUAUGUGCAGUGGUCUCAAAUCUUUUACAUCCCUCUGUAGUAUCUGAUAAGUGAGUCCUCCCAGCAAAAGCAGAAAGCGCAGAGAGGGGACCAAUUGCUUUCUGGCUGAUGAGGUGUGAGAGUACCCGAUUCCACUUCUAAAACAUGCAGCCUAAUUGUUGAUGUGAAACCUACCAGCUACAGUUGAUGUUUUUAAGGUGUGUUUAAUUUAGUUAGCGCAUGGCAAGGGGACAUUAUCAUCCUAUAGUUGAAUUUGUUUUGUGAUUAUUUCCCCCCCAUUAGGCUUAUGGAGUUCAUUAGUGAGAUUCUUGCCAGUGGGGAGGGGAGGGGAAUUGGCGACAACAUCGCAGUCCCUAUCUACCAAUGUUGAUUAUCAAUGCUGAUGUGGCCUCUUCAUGGAUGUGGCCCAAGCAAUUGCCCCUUGCACACACACACACCCAUAUACCCAAACAGAGAUGACCAGGCACUUGUGAACAUGAACUGCCUCUCAUCUGGUUUGUCCCCAGAGACCCACUUACAGCAGUCUUCUAAUAUCAGCAGUCCCAACCUAAAGAGAGACCUCUCCUGUUACAAAUUACCAGGGGGCUGAAAGAGAGAAAGGCCUAGGACAGGGGAGGGAUAAAUAUUAUAGCCCAAGGGCCAUAUUCCUUCAAUGGGAACCUUUUCAGGGCCACAUACCAGCGGUAAGUGUGCCCAGAGGCAAAAGUGAGUGGAGCAACAGAUAUGUCUCUUGAUUUUGUACAGUAGGCUGCAUCCAAGCCAUGGAGACUUUACUGCACACCUUUCUCUAUCCAAACAAGUAAGAGGCAUUAUCGCAGUUCAAUAUUCCAGCCAGGCAAAAGCAUGCAAGGACGGGGCUGAGCCAAGCCAGUGAGGAUGUGGGACGUGAUGGAGCAUGGCCUAGAGAGAUUCCUGAGGGGCAGAUCGAUAGAACUGGAGGGCCACAUAUAACCCACUCACACACACACCACUUCCCUGGACCUGAGGUUUCCCACUCCUGGUCUAGAGCUAUGAGCAUAGCAGUUUCUGUCAGAGCAUUAGUGGUAUGAAUUCCUCUCUAGAAGUAAGGCCUGUGAUUUAUGGUAACAACCAAUUUCUCACUGUGGGCAAAAGGAGGAAAAUAACUCUGCCAAGACAGACAGCAUGAAUCUUUUUUCCCCCUCCACUUAAUGGUUGAUAUCAUCUAAAGCGCGUCUCCCAGAGGGCCUGUUUGGAGAUUCAGACCGCGCCAAAGUGCUCUCCGAUCUAGGCAGAAAGCUAAGGUAGUUUAAAAUAUGGUAAGCUGUAAUUGUUUUAAAUUGCAUCCUGCCUCUACUGCCACAAUUAGUUAAACUCGCCCUUAAGAGGCAAUAAUAAAAAGGAGAGCAAGGGGGAAAUUGUCAUCUAGCUGAACCGAUCACCUUACCUGGAGUUUUAAAAUAUUAUGAGGUGUGAAAAUACAACCAGCUGAAGCUCAGCAUCUUGCUGGCUGAAAUGCUGUUCACCUUGAAUGUAUCUUUUAUAUACCUGCCCUCCAGCACCAAUUCCCCAGCCGCCAUUUAGCUCAGCUCUGUCUAGUAUGAAAGAGAGCAAGUUCCCAGAAUCUGAGCCAGAGGCCUCUCACGGCACUUCCGCCUGUGAUGCUUUUAGCUGGAGAUGGAACCUAUGACCUUCCGCUUGUCCAUGUCCUGUGCUUUCCAGAUAUGGUCUCGCACUCUCUUGCUUCUUUCAAUGGAUAGAGAUAUUAAGGCAGCCUUAUGGGAUAAGAAGAGUGCAGAGAAGGCUCGUGGUGUUUUCACCAUCUGUGUUCGUUUAUGAAGACACAAGAAGGCCAGGUGGGAAGGAAGCAGGCAGAAAGGCAGGCACAGGAAGAUGUUUUAAGGCAGGUCAAUCUAUAGCCUUUGUGCAUUGUACACAUGGAGAUCCAUCCAUGCAAUUAAGGGGAAGUAGGGCCCCACCACUAGCUUUGUCUCCAUAAGAACAGCCCUGCUGGAUUGGAUCGAAAGCCUUUCUAGUCUAGCAUUCUUUUCAACCAGAUUGUGCUGGUCCCAAGGGUUAAUCAAGUGGCGAGGUCCGAGUCCAGUCCAAGGUCGAGGGUGCGGUAUGGAGGCUGUCUGUCAAAGCUGAAGCAGGGUCCAAGGCAGGCAGUCAGGUGAGGUCAGGAACUCUGGCAGAAGAGUAGGACAGGGUGCAGGCAGGAACUGGCUACCAACAACGUUGCUCCCGCAACCUGGGACUGGGGCUGGCUGGCUUUUAUCUGCCCCAAGGCAUAGGGUGGCCCCAGUCCACAGGUGACUCGCCUCUCCUGGCCUGGAGGCGAGCACUCCUCCUGCAGGAACUCAGUUCCCUCCGCCUCUCUGCCCUGAGCCUCUGCAGCUCAGGAGAGGCUGGAGGGUUACCAGACCCAGAGGCAACCUCCUCUUCCCCUGACAGGGCUGAGAGUGGCGCACCUGCAGGCAAUGGGUCCUCCAUCACCUCAGGGGCCAGAGCAGACUCAGCUGGUGCCUGCACCUGAGGAUCCGGCACAGGUGAGGACCCUUCAGGCUCAGGCCCCAGCCCCGGCUCAGCUGGUUCUGGAGGCGGGGACUCCUGUGCAGGCUGGGAUCCCUCAGGUUCAGCCUCUGAGUCCGAAUCCCAGGCCAUCACACAGAUACAUCCCUGGGGCCAUAGGAUACAUUGGCUCUCUCCUUCCAGUGUUGGGGAGAGAAAGAGAGCUCUGACCUUGGAGAAGGAGAUCUAAUGUCUGAUUCCUCUCUCUGAAUCUCCCAUGGCUUUUUCUAGCCUUCCAAAUAUGGGACCUCCAAAAUAGGUGUGGAAGAGGGUGAGCAUCAAGGCAUGAUAGUGCAGACCAGGGGAAAACUUGUGCCUUCCUGAUCCCAAGACACAAACUAGAGAUUUAAUUUUGCCAGCCAGGAGCUGGUGUAGCUCAGUCCCAUUUCUUUCCCUCCAGUUACUCUUUCGCAUAUCUGUAGAGCCAGUCUGCAACAGGCUUCAUAUUUGAAUAUCAUCCUAUCAGAUCAGCUUCUUCAUCUAGCUGUCGCUUUUUUCUUUUAUCUUCAUUUCUUCUUUUAUCUUCUUUUUUUUUUUACACCACAACUUUGCAUUUUCUUAGCAUUAAAUAUCUGCAACUGAACCUGUGGUAUCCCUGCUGUAGCAUUUUCAAUCUCGCAUUCGUAGACUAAAUCAUUUUAACAAAUGACUAUAAUUUAAAUCAGGGGCAGGCAGACUUGAGGCUUGUCUGAUCUGCUUGGUUUUUACUAGAAUCCCAAGGUCUGCCCAUCAGAGCCAUUUUCAAAAGGGCAAGAUGCUUAGAGUGAAAGAAAAGGGUGCCUCGGAGCACAUCCGGAGUAUAGGAAUUUCUUUGCAGCACCCAGCAAUGAACCAAGCUCACAAUCCUUUCACACCAAAGUCCGCACCUUCUUGGAAGAAGUACUCCUCUGAAUACCAGUGGCAAGAAAUCAAAAGUGGGGAAGAGUUGUUUCACUCAAAUCCUGCUGGCUGACUGGCUUCCCAUGGAAAUCUGGUUGGCCACUGCAAGAAUAAGAUGCUAGACUUGAUGAGUCUUUGGGAGCUUUCUUGAUGUUCCUCAACACCAGCAUCCAUGGUUUUCCUCUAUGCUUGGUUAAAGCCAUUUUGGGAUAGACUCUGCAGAAAAGUAGCUGCAAAGGAAUGACACAGAAGAAGACCUAUCCAGAUCCAAGCCAAUAACUCUUUUGCAUUUUGUCUAGAUGCUUAUUAAUUCAGUAAAUUGUUCCUAAGUGGCCUCAGUCUCUUAAGAAAAUAUUGCUGCUGGUGCCAGACUUCUAUCUUGGAAAACAUCCCCAUAGAAACCUGAUCAAAACUGGGUAAUGUUAAUAGUGAACUACAGUGGUACCUCGGGUUACAUACGCUUCAGGUUACAUACGCUUCAGUUUACAGACUCCGCUAACCCAGAAAUAGUACCUCAGGUUAAGAACUUUGCUUCAGGAUGAGAACAGAAAUCGUGCUCCAGUGGCACAGCAGCAGCGGGAGGCCCCAUUAGCUAAAGUGGUGCUUCAGGUUAAGAACAGUUUCAGGUUAAGAACGGACCUCCGGAAUGAAUUAAGUACUUAACCCGAGGUACCACUGUACCAUCUGGUGGCAUUAAAUGUGGAAGGAACCAUAAAAUCAUAGCGCCUCAUUCCACUUCGCAAUGAAGCUCCUUGGGUCGCCAUCAGCUAGUCGCUUUCAUUCUGCUAAACUUACCUCACAGGGUUGGUGUGCUGAUAAAAUAAGAGAGAAGCAAUGUAUGCCACCCUGACUUCUUUGGGUAGGGUAGGAAAUAAUAUUUGAAUCAUCAUCAUCAUCUCAACUCUAUAACACUCUGCACUAACAACCACCUCUCUCCUAUUCUGAAUUAUUUUCCAUGUGCAUUGUGACAUGGUAUAAUGACAUAUUUUAUGACACUGACAGUGCAUCAGAUGAUUAUAUUGUAUAAAGCUAAUAAAAGUCACCCCCACAGAACAGUUCACUCAAAGCAGCUUCAAAUCCUUGCACACAGCAACAAUCUAAUGUGGCUACACGGAGAGGAAAGGCACAGUAAAUUAACAUUUUUAUCGGCUUGGGAAUAGAGGCACGUAAAUAUUGUUUUCCAAUCCAGCUUCAUAAAUCAACUGUAAACACCAAAACACAUACACAGAUGUUUGUCAGACUCUAAAUUUAAGCUCGUAUAAGUCAGCCCAUGUAUAAAACAAAAGAAAUGUGAGAUUCAGAGGAUGUGUUAGUAAAACGACUAUGUGCUUGAUCCAAGCCAGGGUUUGUAGGGGAGUCUUGGCUGAGCGCAGUAAACAUCCAGAAUGGGCUGCAGGUCAUCAGGACCCUGGACAGCUCACAGUGGCACUUAGUAGCUCCUAGGUAUAAGCUUGCUCCAACAGUAGUCUAGAGCAGGUGGUUCCCAACCUUUUUGGGUAAGGUGACUCACAAGUAUACUUGGUCUCUUGAGCCAUCAGUUUAUUGUCACCUGAAUUUUGGACCUUAGGUCUUCUCUGCCACCAGCCUCCAGAGAACUAAGUGUGGUGUAAUGAUUAGAGUGUCAGACUAGGACCUGGGAGACGAGGGUUCAAAUCCCCACUCAGCUACAAAGUCCAUUGGGUGACCUUGGGCCGAAAAGGUGGCAUUUACAUCCCACCUUUCUUCCAAGGAGUUCAAUGUGGUGCACAACAAAUGUGAGUCCUGAAGUCUUACUUCAUAAGUAAAGCCAAAAUAACUGUUGCUUGUAAUCUGUAACUAGUAAAGGUAAAGGUACCCCUGCCCGUACGGGCCAGUCGUGUCUGACUCUAGGGUUGUGCGCCCAUCUCACUUAAGAGGCCGGGGGCCAGCGCUGUCCAGAGACACUUCUGGGUCACGUGGCCAGUGUGACAAAGCUGCUCUGGCAAGCCAGCACCAGCGCAGCACACGGAAACGCCAUUUACCUUCCCGCUAUAAAGCGGUACCUAUUUAUCUACUUGCCUUUAAUAGUGCUUUCGAACUGCUAGGUGGGCAGGAGCUGGGACCGAAAGACGGGAGCUCACCCCGCCGCGGGGAUUCGAACCGCCGACCAUGCGAUCGGCAAGCCCUAGGCACUGAGGUUUUACCCACAGCGCCACCUGCGUCCCUACAAUCUGUAACUAGAAUACCUCUUAACAUUUUUCUUGCUGUUUCGUUGCCCUAUUAUAAUGCUGUGUUCACACUUGUAACCAAACACUGGAAAGCGUUAAAAUUUAAGGCUCAAGACUUUGGUGUGGUACCAGAGAGAGGUUCAGAGGAUGAGACAGAAGCAUCCCUUCCCUCUUCAGUGUGGGAGAGAGCUAUCUCCUCAGGCACAGAGGAUGAAGGCAUAACUGGUCCCCGAUGCUCCCCUUCCAUGGAAGUCUUUGAUGGGAGUUGCUUCAGAUAUUCUUUUCUGUAAUACAGACUCUCUCCUUGGGUGAUUCCUAAAUCUAAUCUUCUCCUUUUUCUGUGACGUUGGACAUCUUCUUUGUUGGGGGGGGGCAUGAUGGAGCAAAAGUGUACACAGUCCAGAACCCUGGGAAAUGGAAGGUUCAAGACCAUGUAAGCAGGAACCUGGAGUCAUCCAGAUGUAUGUACUGUGCAAGCUGUGCCAUUCAUGUAGGGAUGGAGAACCUGCGGCUCUUCAGAUGUUUUAGGACUCAUCACAGACCAUCAAUGGAGGAAUACAGGUUCACGAUUCAUGCUUGAGUAAAUAAAGGCCAUGGGGUGGAACCAGUAGGCAUGGCCCACAGAUCUCUCCAGAGAUCUUUCUUUUCGAUGCCUAGCACACGCCCAACUUGUCUCCUGUGUAAACAGAUGGCAUGCCUUUGAGGAAGCCAAAAUUUUGCCACAGUGUACAGGAAGUUCAUGUCAGGUAAAUUGGAAUGGAAAGGGUCCCCCUGAGCUUAGGGAGUUUGAGAAGCAUUGCUUUAAAGAGCAUAUGGAAUAUUUGGCAGAACCUCUUUUAUUGGAUAUUUCAAAACGGUGAGUUUUGCCGAAGCAACUUAUGAUUCUGUUCAAGGGUAUUCUCAAAUGACAACACUGCUUCAAUUUGAAGCCACUUAGUACUUUAUAUUGGCCUUACACUCUCGUGUAGAAGGAAGGUUCCAUUACCAUUCUUACCAGAGCAUUUUAUAGUUGCACGUCUUCCUCUACUCCCUUGUGCAGCUGUUAUAAUCAUGUUUUGUGACAGAUCAUGGGGCUUGUAGAAUAACCGGAGUGUGGUUUGCUGAAUCGACUGUGCUACUAAAGAUCAACAUGAAUAUCUAUCAAGGUAUUCCUCCAUAGACUUCUCUGCGCCUUUAGAGAUGUUCAUUUGCUUGAAAUCACAACCUUGAAAAUUGCACCAUUUAUGCAAUAAAGAAUAAACCAAUUUCAAUUCUCCUGCCCAACAAAAUAACAAACCGUAUAAGCUCAUCUGGCGCAUGCAUAAAGUGCUAUCUGUCAGACUCGGCUCCAGUAAAGUCAAUGGUGGAGAAGAGAAUCAUAGAAUCACAGAAUUGUAGAGCUGGAAGGGACCGUGAGGGCCAUCUAGUCCAAUCUUUUGCUCAAUGUGGAGCUUGAACCCACAACUGAGAUUAAAAAUCUCAUGCCCUGCUGACCGAGCUAUCUCAGGGAAAAGGGGAAAGUGUCAAAAUGGAAGUAUAGAGUUUGCAAGUUGUUCUGGUCAAGGAACAAGCCUGAUCCAGAAGCUUUUGUAGGGAUCAGGGUGUGUUAGGGUCUGGCCUAUCCUUGUUAAGAGGCUUUCUUGCUGGCCAUCUAACAGUUCCCUUCCUUUGUGCAUUGCCAGGUGAUGUUACAGAGGCCCAUCCUAACAAUCCCAGGUCCUGGAUUCAGUGGCAGAGCACAUGGAUUGCAUGCAGGAGGCUCCCAGUUCAACCCAUAGUACCUGAAGUUAAAAGGACCACUCACUGAGACCUCAGAAGUUGCUGCAGAUCAGAAUUGACAAUGCUGGGCUAGAUAGACAAAGAGCCUCACCUGAAACCAGGCAGCAUCCUUGCCUUGUUCAGGCAUUAUGCCUGAACAGGGAAUUCCCAACAUGAACAGAGAGUACAGGGUAGAGGGGAAGCACACACGAGCCCCACUUCCAAGAAUCCCAUGCAUGUUGGCCCCAUCUAUUCCACUCUUCAUCUUCUCAUGUUGUCCAGGUGGGUCUGAAGGACAUGUUGGAAUGCGUUUGGAAUCCUGUGCUAUCAAGGUUCAUUGCACAGGUUCUCCAUUUACGUUAGAACCAGACUUUAACCCAAAUGCAUCUUGGAUGCAGAGUUCUAGGAGUAAGUGGACUGUGGUUCUGACCCACCUCUGCAAUUUCUGCGGAACCAGGAUCAUUUUUUCAACUCUGCGUUUUGCUCCUAUACUUAGUGCACACCAGCCUGGCAGCAGUGAGCUGUACCUCUGUGUUUCCCACCCCUAUCCCCUGGGCCUGAUUGCUGAUACCAGACCAGGAGACCCCUCUGUGACUUUACAAUGUGAUCUUCUUAAGCUCCUCAGGUCUGAACGCAAGCUGGCUUAGAUUGCGCACCAACCAUUCAUCGCCCUUCUCCGAUCUAAGCGAUACAGAAAUCCCUUUACCAGUGUUAUCGUCGAGGAGCAGAGGGGUUCGCCCGCCCAGCUGUGAUUCCGGCAUUGCCUCUCCAGUAAGCAUUCUGGUUCUGAGUUCUGUGGAAAGAAGCACAAGUUGAUGGUAACCUCACUACUAGCAUCUCCUUCUGCAGCAUGACAGUGCAAACAUUCUCCCUGAGUUUUAGCCACCAGAAAAAAGAGACUGUCUAUUGUAAUAGAAGAAGUAAGGGUGACCAAUUUGGGUGUGGGUAGAGAUGGAUUGCCUCUUCAGAUCCACCUGAGUAAGGACUUCAAAGCACUAUGCAAGGUGCUGUUAAAAUAAAGUUUUCUCCCCGCCCCCCUAGAUUUAGCAGGGUAUUGCAUGGAAUUCUGCUGAAUAGAGCAGGAUUUAAACCCUCUGCAUCAGCUGAUGAGCUCCGUUUAGUUGCUUGGUCCUGUUCAUUGCUAGGAAAAGGCAUGUGGUAUGCCCCGCAGAGGACCUUAAGGUCCAUAAAUAGCAACACUCUAGAGGUCCCGGGCCCUAAGGAAGUCAGAUUAGCCUCAACCAGAGCCAGGGCCUUUUCAACACUGGCUCCAACCUGGUGGAACGCUCUGUCUCAUGAGACCAGGGCCCUGCGGGAUCUGAUUUCUUUUCGCAGGGCCUGUAAGGCAGAGUUGUUCUGCCUGGCCUUUGGCUUGGAACCAGCCUGAUCCCCUCCCCCUCUUUCCUUUUCCUUGACAUUUUUUUUCCCCAAACAGUUUUUAAUCUGGGCUUCCACUGAAAUGAGGCUGCAUUUUAAGUAGUAUUUUAAUCUUGUUUUUAAGUUGUAUUUUAAUCAAUUGUUUUUAUACCUGAUGUUAGCCGCCCUGAGCCCGGUCUUGGCUGGGGAGGACGGGGUAUAAAAAUAAAUAAAUAAAUAAAUAAAUGUGUAGCCUAUGCAGGGUUUAAUCCUCUCCUGUCACCCAUCAGAUGAUGUCACAAGUUAACGUGUGUCAGCUGCUGGGCAUGUGGACAUGGUUUGAGGGAAAGGGCCUCGUGGGCCAACUUGAGCUCCCUCAUGGGCCAUAGACCAGAGGUUUCUCACCCUUGCCUUAAAAUAAUUAAGAAGUGGUCAGGUGGUACGUAUUCUUGCUUUUACACUUUUUUAAACUUUGCGGCUUCUCACUAGCCUUGCUUUCUGGUGGUUAUUUGAGUCCUCAAAUAAGCUUAUAGACCUCCCAAUAAGCCUUUAAAGGUUUGCACCAAGACUUCCAUUGCAAAGCUGUCUAGUGGCAUUCCUGUGGAAUUCUGAAGAGCUCUGAGGUUUAUGUGUUGCUAAAGCAGAGCAGUUUUUUUUAAAAAAUAACUUAAACUUUUCAGUUUUAAAAAUAUCCUCUGCUGUUGUGCUCUAACAAAAAAACACAAACCAGAGCUCUUCCAUGCUUUGCAGGCAAUGUUUUGGACAGCUUUGCUUCUGGCAAAGCCCACGAACCUAGAGAAAUAUAGAGUUGUGGUGACACAAAACAGAGCACUCUGUGACAGGGGUGCCAAUUUGAAUAAAAUACUGGGGGGCAGGUAAGCCCCACCCUGCAAAAUUGAUCACAAGACGUGGUGCACACACACCAUUUCCAUGGCAAUGCUGAUCUAUUUGAGGGAGGCCUAGCCCCCUCAAAUAGGUUAGGGGGGCAGAGGGACCUUGGCUCCUAUGCUCUGUGGGGGGCCUGAUCCAAAUGGAGUUAGUUGUUGACAUUGUUCUUCAGGAGACCCCUAAAUCAUCCUGAUUUUUCAGUCCCCACCCCUAAUAAAUGUGCCAUCCUUUUAAGGUGCUUUUGCCAUUUUCUUUCAAAUGCAUUGAAAAUGUCCACUGUUUGGAAACAAGCUAAAGUAAUGUCUGAAAUUUUCGUGCUGAUUAAAAGGUAUCUGGCAGAAGGGGAAAUAUUCCUAAUUUGGCUUCUCCUCUUUCAAGCUUCCAUCAGAUUCCGUCAAGUAUCUCACCUGGCAUGAAUUAGAAGAGCAUGAUGUUCAAGGGAACCAAAUCCGCUGCCCCCGAGUGAGAGAAGGUAUAGAAAAAGAAUGUGGUUUGUAGCCUCCAUGAUAUUAGGAGAUAGUGGGGUGGGAAUGAUGGCAGAAAUAUGAAUUGUUGAGGCAGGUGCCUUGCUUUGGAGCUUGUGUGUGCUUCAACGAACAUGCCGUAGGAUUGUGCAGACAGACUGAUCUAUAAGUUCAGUGAAGGUGUACCUCUGCAUUCCCGUAGGAGCUUGCCCUUUUCAGUGAACUGACUGGGUUUAAUUGGUCUACUCAGUAGAUAAAUCAAAAGAUUUGGAUAAUUAUCUGUUGCAGGCCAAAUUUGAGUCAGCAGGGUUCCAUGUUAAAAAUAGGCUUGUUUGCAUUGCAGUCGUCCUGUUUGCAUGAAUAAUAAUAAUAAUAAUAAUAAUAAUAGUUAUUAUUUGUACCCCAUCUAUCUAACUGGGUUGCCCCAGCAAUUCUGGGCAGCUUCCAACCUGUAUCAAUAUAUAAUAAAAGGCUUCCCUAACCAUUCCUGUUAGGCAGAUCACUGACUAAUAGCCCAGAAUGAUUGUUGCUAUCAUGUCAAUGGGAGCUCAUGGUUAGCAGAUAAUUGGAUGUCUCUCUGUGUUUCAGAGCCUUCACCAACCUGCUGGCUCAGGCUGAUGGGAUUUGUAGUCCAAAAAAAUCUGUAGGCAUCACUGUUGUUUGUUUGUUUCCAUUUAUGACUUGCUUCCGAUAAAAUAUCUCAAAGCUAUUUAACAGUAAGGACAUCAACAGUAAGAAAAAAAUGCAACAAUUUAAAAUAGAAAGCAAUUUCAAACCCAGUACCGACAGAGACUGGGAUUACAAAAAUAUAUUUGGAAACUGUGCCUGUCUGAUAUGUAACAGAAGGGAGUUCCACAGGGUGGGUCCGCCAUGAUGAUGAUGUUUUUGGAAGGGGGCUCCCUACCUUUGGAACUUCCUCCUGUUAAAUAUUUCUCCUGCAGGCUCUUUCUUGCAGAGCAUGGUGAUCAGUUGGGCAUAUGAAUGAUGUGAUAUCCUGGUCCCAAGCUGUAUAGGGCUUUGUACACCAGUACUAGCACUUUGCACAAAAUAUGGUCUGAAGCUCAACAUCAAAAAAAAUGAAGAUCAUGGCCACUGGUCCCAUCACCUCCUGGCAAACAGAAGGGGAAGAAAUUGAGGCAGUGAGAGAUUUUACUUUCUUGGGCUCCAUGAUCACUGCAGAUGGUGACAGCAGCCACGAAAUUAAGAGACGCCUGCUUCUUGGGAGGAAAGCAAUGACAAACCUAGACAGCAUCUUAAAAAGUAGAGACAUCACCUUGCCAACAAAGGUCUGUAUAGUUAAAGCUAUGGUUUUCUCACUAGUAUGGAAGUGAGAGCUGGACCAUAAAGAAGGCUGAUCGCGGAAGAAUUGAUGCUUUUGAAUUAUGGUGCUGGAGGAGACUCUUGAGAGUCCCAUGGACUGCAAGAACAUCAAACUGAUCCAUUCUUAAGGAAAUCAGCCCUGAGUGCUCACUGGAAGGACAGAUCGUGAAGCUGAGUCUCCAAUACUUUGGCCACCUCAUGAGAAGAGAAGACUCCCUGGAAAAGACCCUGAUGUUGGGAAAGAUGGAGGGCACAAGGAGAAGGGGACGACAGAGGACGAGAUGGUUGGAUAGUGUCUUCGAAGCUACCAGCAUGAGUUUGACCAAACUGUGGGAGGCAGUGGAAGACAACAGUGCCUGGCGUGCUCUGAUCCAUGGGGUCACGAAGAGUCGGACACGACUAAACGACUAAACAACAACUAGCACUUUGAAUUUAGAUUAGUAGCUAAUUGGUAGCCAGACCAAUUCUUUCAGCAGUGGCACAGCAUGGUGGCAAUAUUCUUCCCCAGUAUGCAGUCGAACUGUUGCAGUUUACAUUAGCUUCAAUUUCUAGACCAACCUCAGGGGCAGCCACACACACAGUGCAUUGCAGUUGUCCAACGUGGUGGUUGCCAAUGCAUGGAAGACAGUGGUCAGGCUACCCUGGUCCAGAAAUGGUUGUUGCUGGAAGCUGGUGAAAGGCAUUCCUAGCCACUGAGGUCACCUGGACUUCUAGUUACGGAUAUGGAUCUAGGAAUGCCCUCAGAUUAUGAAUCUGCUUCCUCAGGAGAAGUAUGACCUUGUCCAAAGUGGUCAAUUUACCAUUUAUCCUGGCUAAGGCUCUGCCCACCCACAGUGCCUCCAUCUUGCCAGGAUUCAGACUGGGUUUAUUGGCCCAGGACUUUAAUGAUGAUGAUGAUGAUGAUGAUGAUAAUUUGUUAUUUAUACCCCGCGCAUCUGGCUGGGUUUCCCCAGCCACUCUGGGUGGCUUCCAACAAAAUAUUAAAAUACAAUAGUCUGCUAAACAUUAAAAGCUUCCCUAAACAGGGCUGCCUUCAGAUGUCGUCUAAAAGUCUGGUAGUUGUUUUUCUCUUUGACAUCUGGUGGGAGGUCGUGCCACAGGGCAGGUACCACUACCGAGAAGUCCCUCUGCCUGGUUCCCUGUAACUUGGCUUCUUGCAGCGAGGAAACUGCCAGAAGGCACUCAGCCCUGGACCUCAGUGUCCGGGCAGAACAAUGGGGGUGGAGACGCUCCUUCAGGUAUACUGGACCAAGGCUAUUUAGGGCUUUAAAGGUCAGCACCAACACUUUGAAUUGUGCUCAGAAACGUACUGGGAGCCAUUGUAGUGUUAUGUGGUCUCGGCGGCUGCUCCCAGUCACCAGUCUAGCUGCCGCAUAACCAGAGAUAACUAGAGCAUGCACCACUCUGGCGAGACAGUCCGUGGGCAGGUAGGAUCUCAGCCUGCAUACCAGAUGGAGCUCAUAAACAGCCGCCCUGGAUAACAGAAUUGGCCUGUGCCUCCAUGGACAGCUGUGAGUCCAAAAUGACUCCUAGGCUGCACACCUGGUCCUUCAGGGGCACAGUUACCCCAUUCAGGACCAGGGAUUCCUCCACACCUGCCGGCCUCCUGUCCCCCAAAAACAGUACUUCUGUCUUGUCAGGAUUCAACCUCAAUCUGUUAGCCGCCAUCCAUCCUCCAACCGCCUCCAACUCACACAGGACCUUCACUGCUUUCACUGGUUCUGAUUUGAAAGCGAGGUAGAGCUGGGUAUCAUCUGCAUACUGAUGAACACCCAACCCAAACCCCCUGAUGAUCUCUCCCAGUGGCUGCAUGUAGAUGUUGAAAAGCAUGGGGGAGAGGGCAGAACCCUGAGGCACCCCACAAGUGAGAGCCCAGGGGUCUGAACACUCAUCCCCCACCACCACAUUCUGAACACAGCCAAGGAGGAAGGAGAAGAACCACUGUAUAACAGUGCCCCCAGCUCCCAGCCCCUCAAGACGGUCCAGAAGGAUGUUAUGGUCGAUGGUGUCAAAAGCCGCUGAGAGAUCCAGCAGAACUAGGAAACAGCUCUCACCUUUCUCUCUAGCCCGUCGGAGAUCAUCAACCAGUGUGACCAAAGCAGUUUCAGUCCCGUGAUGAGGCCUGAAUCCCGACUGGAAGGGAUCCAAAUGGUCCGCUUCUUCCAGGCGUGCCUGGAGUUGUUCAGCAACCACUCGCUCAGUGACCUUGCCCAAGAAUGGAAGAUUUGAGACUGUGUAAUAGUUGGCCAUAUUGGCCACAUGGUUUUUUAAGAAGCGGUUUAAUAACCACCUCUUUUAGCGGGUCUGGGAAAGCUCCCUCACAAAGAGAAGCAUUCACCACCCCGUGAAGCCUAUCACCCAGCCCUUCCCAGCUAGCUUUUAUAAGCCAGGAUGGGCAAGGAUCAAGGAGACAGGUGGUUGGUUUCACUCGUCCAAGCAGCCUAUCCACAUCCUCAGAGGUAACAGAUUGGAAUUGAUCACACGCAACUUGACUAGACAGGACGCUAGCACUCUCCCGCCCGGCCCUGCUCCCACUGUGGAGUCUACCUCUUCCUGAGUCUGAGCGACUUUAUCUGCAAAAAACUUUGCAAAAUCAUUGCAUGAGAUCAUGUGGCCCAUAGUGGGCCCCAAUGGAGCAGGUGAUUCCACUAAAUUGUGAACCACCUGAAAGAGUCUCCUGUUGCUGUUUUCUGCAGAUGCAAUAGAGGCGGUGAAGAAAGUCUUCUUCACCGUUGCUACCGCCACCUGGUAGGCUCAACAUUGAGCUCUAACCCAUGUCCAGUCAGCUUCAGAAUGAGUUAUCCGCCACCAGCACUCUAGCCAUCUCAGCGAUUGUUUCAUCGCCCUCAGAUCCGUGGAAAACCACAGGGCUGUCCGGGCUCCAUGCAAUCGGAGAGAGCGCUUCGGAGCCAAACAGUCAAUAGCCCUGGUUAACUCCACAUUCCAGCAGGCAACCAGGGAAUCAGCUGAAAGGUCAUCAACAUGGGAUAAAGCAUCCCCUACCACUCUCUGGAAACCAUUUGUGGAAACCACUUUCCAUUAAGUGGCGGGGACGGACCAUCCAAAUCGGUCCCACGUCCCUGCAGAAGGGAAAGGUCAUGGAGAAGUCCAGUUGCACCAGGAAGUGAUCUGACCAUGGCACUUCUUUAGUUUAGCUUUUACUCAGUGUCAGAUCACCAACUUGCACAGCUUCUCCCAGUUCAGAAGUGAUAGAAAAAUAGGUCUGGGUAUCAUCAUCCCCAAAUUUCCUACUGACCGGCAGCUUCAUAUACAGUAGAUGUUAAAUAGCAUUGGAGACAAGAUGGUAUCCUAUGGUAUCCCACAGUACAGUUGCCAGGAGGCAGACAGAUAAUCGUCCAAUGACGUUCUCUGAAAGUGAUCCCAGAGAUAGGAUCAGAACCAACGUAAAACAGAGCCGCCAGCAUGCAUCUCACUGUGUCGGCUCAAAAGGAUAUCAUGGCCUAUGGUAUCAAAAGCUGCUGAGAUAUCAAGUAACAACAGGGUCUCAAUCCCCGUUCCUUCUCCUGAAAAAGGUCAUCCAUCAGGGUGAUCAAGGCCGAUUCAGUCCCACAAGCAGGCUGGAAGCUGAAUUAAAAGUGGGUCAAGAUAAUUGGCUUGCAACCGUCCUGCUGUGACCCUCUCAAUCACUUUCCUCCCCCCCCCAAGGGGGCAUUUGUGACCAGACAGAAGUUGUCACAAGCCAAUGGCUCUUGGGUGGGCUUUUUCAAUAGUGGUUGAAUCACUGUCUCUUCCAAGAUGGCCAGGACAACUUCCUCUCCUAAGCAGGGCUUUUUUCCAGCUGCCAUUAUAAGAGAACAAGGGAGGCAUUCAUGCUAAGUUCUGGCACCUCAUUUUCUAGAAAAAUAGAUAUCACAGCCCCCAGAAUAUCAGAAGCCUGCUUCACAGUAACUUAGAGAGGAGUCUUCAGUAUGGUUGCCCCCAUGCUGUUCUACAGCAUCUCUAUUGAGAUAUGACAGGCACCCACAAUCCAUACUUUGUAGAAACAUUUGAAGUGGUUUGGUUUUUCUUUUGACUGGCUUUUCCAGCAAGGUGGAAAUGUCUGUGCCUUAGGUCUCCAUUCUGUCUUCAGUUGUUUUUGUACUGUUUUAGACUAUUUUUUAGCUGUUUUGUUUUUAUGGUAUAUUGGUAAAUCAGUUUGAGACACAUGUAAAAGGUGAUUCAUAAGCAAUACUAACAGCACUAAUGAAUUAAACUUUAUUGUUUAAAGCCAUAGACAGUCACAAUAUAAAUAGAGCAAACAAUAUAUUUAACAUAUUCGAUGAUGAUGAUGAUGAUGAUACCCCCUCAGCAUGCUUUAGAAGCCAGGGGCAAGGAUUAUCUAGCCCAGUGGUUCCCGAUUAGCCAAUUACUGAGGGUGCCCUAUUUUUUCAAAAGUCAAGCCACGGACCCCCUACUUUUGAAAAUUUUGAUAACUCUAUGGUAGUUACCUCUGCAAAGCAAUUCUUUGAAGAAAAUGUGGGGUAGCCCUAAUAAGCAAAGGAUUUUAGGUACACUUUAAAAAAACGGACCAUAGAAUUUGUGAUAUUACCAUGCAAAAAUGACAAAAACUUAGUUGGAGGAGAGGCACAGGGUGGGACCAUGGACCCCCAGGGGUUCCCAGACCCCUAACUGGGAGCCACUGGUCUAGCCUCUUUUGUUGCCCUUUGUUCUCUAGUAUACCAAAGUGCAGAACAGGCCCAGCAGUGCCAGAGGGGGUGGUCAGAGAAAACUGUAUCAAGAGAGUAUCAUGUCUCACUUGUCCACUGUGCCAUUGCCACCUGGAAAAACAGCCCCUGGAAAAACGACUCCAUUUGGGUCGUCGUUGACCCCCCCGCCAAACAUUCCCUCUCCACCUUUGUGAAUUUGGGAUCAGCUCUGGUUAUUAGCCAAAUGCUGUAUUUGAUUAAUGGAUCUUCUUAGUAAACUUGACGCAGCUUACAACAAAGAAAUGGGCCAUGGUAGGAUGUUACAGAAUGUUGGGAGCUUUCAUAAGAAGCAAUCACCUUACUCAUUCCUCAGUACCAUAAUAAAGCACAUGCCGUGGGAUUUUGGCAGCAAACACAUUUAUUUAAAGUGGCAGAACAAUGCAAAGCAGGUAGAAGAUUGUGGAACUGUCAAAUCCAAAGUUAGGCUUGUGUUGGCAGGUUAGAAAAUGUGGGUUCUUCAGGAGGCGGGGGUGUUUCCUUCCCCACACUUUCUGCCAACUGAGGAUUUUAAUGGAUUCUACUUCCCAUUGGUCCCGGUGGAGGAGAAAAUGAGUAUGCCAACCCAGGACUGGCAUAUUUUACUUUCCCCUCUGGAGGAAUAAGAGAUUUGGAUAAGCCUCCCUAAAUCCAAGUCACACACACACACCCAACACACACACAGAGCACCUCCUUUUUGCCCUCCGCUGUAGGAGCUCAGACAGCAGAGGACCAACAGCCACUGAGGCUUUCACACCUGCAGUGAGGAGACCUAAAGGAUCAUCUUCUCUGUAUCUCUCACUUUCCACCCAUGGAGAGGAGGAACUGCAAAUCCUAUGGCCUUUAUGGCUUUCUAGGCACCAUGCCAUAGGUCUCUUAAUUGAUCCAUUAAUUGGUUAGUUAAAAAGUAGCUGAUUGAUCAGUUGGCAGCCCCAAUUAUCAUGUUCAAUUGGAGCUACGCAGUUUAUCUGUGUAUGGGCCUGCAGCUGAUACAUACUACUAUCCCAGUGAUCAGGAAGUAUGAAGAAAUCAUGGAACAGAAAGGAAUAAAGCAAUCAAAGCCUGGCAUCGGAGAUAAGAAGUAAUUUGCAAUGAGAAUCAGUUGAAAGAAUUCCAAUUUGUUUUCCUGGCAGCCGUCAUCAUCCCUUUCUCCCCCAAAGCAAUCUUGAAAGCAAUCCAAUAUGGCAAAUACAUUAUCGUAACAAUGCAGGCAUCCAUGAUCGUCCCAACUUCCAUUUCAAUGCUGCCUUUCUGGGACCUAGAUGGAGAUCAGUUUUGCCAGAUACAGCUGUCCGAAGAUCUAAUCCCCAACCCGUUAUUUCAUUCACUGUUGUUGACAAACAAUAAAUAUGAGAAAGAUUAUAUGAGAAAAUCCUUAAGAUAUGGGAAAUUGCAUGGUUAUGCUGUCAUUCCACUCUUGAAUUUGGCUUUGUACGUUGUUGCUUUUUAACUGUAUCAAAAACCUACGGAGCCUGUUUGCACAGAGGCUGACAGUGGGAGAAAACAAAUACGUGUGUCUGCAAUGGGAAAUAAAGACUUUUUCAGAGCACUUUAAACUCUCAUUUAUUUGUUUUCUUUUAUUAAAGAAUGCAUAACCCACUUUUCAUUGCUCUCACAAGGUGGUUUGGAAAUUUCAAGCUACAUAGGGAUGUAUUAAUCACACAAAUCAUUUUUUAAAAAACCCAAUCCUAAUAAAUAAUCAGCAGCAAAUCACAAAAUUAUCCAGGCACAUCAACCAAACACAGACUAAAAUAAGUCUAUAGAAAUUUUUUAAUAACCAGUAAGGAUGAGCCAUCCUUAUGGAUGAAGGACCAAAAAGGUCUUGUCCCUCAGCCACUGAUCUUAAACCUUGGGUAGGCUCAUAUGCAUCCAGGCAGCCUUUCAGAUACAUAUUCUGUGGUGCCAGGUGUGCAUAGAAGCAACCAGAGUCUUAAAGUACACUCCUAGUUGUUCCUUGGCGAGACAGGCUUGCUGUCAGUGCCAAUCAGCUGAUCAGCAGUGAAAGCAAGCCCUGGUGGGAUCAGUAACACUGCUGAGGUACCAACUGGCAGCACAGCCAAUCUGUGCCCAGUCAGCUGAUUAUUGGAACAUAGUUCCAAAGGUUGCUAGCAAAGGAAAUAUUCACUAAGGGUCAUCUAAUGUCAUUUGUGAUGCCAGCCCCUGCCCAUCUGCCAAAGUGGCCUAUGGGGGAGCUCAGCAUCGGACUCGCUGACCAGAUCCUGUUCACUGACCCUGGUUUAGAGCUUUAAAGACCAAAGGUAAAGGUAAAGGGACCACUGACAGUUAAGUCCAGUCGCAAAAGACUCUGGGGCUGCGGCACACAUCUCGCUUUACAGGCCGAGGGAGCUGGCGUUUGUCCGCUUCGCAGCCAGUUUUUCCAGGUCAUGUGGCCAGCAUGACUAAGCCGCUUCUGGCACAACAGAAUACCGACACCUGAGCAGCACACGGCAAUGCUGUUUACCUUCCCGCCAGAAUCUGCUUGCACUUUUGGGUAUGCUUUUGAACAGCUAGGUUGGCAGGAGCUGGGAGCGAGCAACGGGAGCUCACCCCUUCACAGGGAUUCAAACCACCGACCUUUUGAUCGGCAAGCCCAAGGCUCAGUGGUUUAGACCACAGUGCCACCCGCGUCUCCCUUAAAGGCCAAAUGCAGCCCAUUACAUUGGGCCCAGAACCCAAAAGGAAGCCAGUGUAGCUAGCCCAGAAUUGGUGUGCAGUAAUGCAAUCUGAACACCUGGCACUUAGCCUUAAUGGCUCUCUCUCACAAAGUAUAUAUAAUGUACUCCAACUAUGGAGUUGUCUUCCCAGGGAAGUCCACCUGGCAGGAGAAUCAUUAUCGUUUUGGCACAAGGCUUUACCUCCAGGGAUUAAAUUUUUAAUGUUUUGUCUGCUGGUCUGGGUUUGAUUUUGUGAGCUGGUUGUUCUAAUAGUGGCUCCUACUAGUCUAGUGGUGCAAAUUUUGAAACACAAUUGCUUUUAGUGAGCCAUAUUUCAAAAAGGACACCCUAAAAGUUGUUGAGCUAAAAAUGCGAUUUUUAGAUUGACUUGCCUAAGAUCCAAAGAUCCAGGACAAAGAGCCACUUUUCUGAAAUUUCCUCCCAAUGUCUAUUCUGCCUUUGAAAUCUCAGUAAUGUCUGGGAAGAUUCGGACGUAUGGCAGCCCUAGUUUGUAUGCUAUUUGUAUGUGUUUUGUGUAAGCGGCCUUGAAACUUUUGAGGUGUAAGGCACUAUAAAUAUAUGUGUGUUUGUAUACAAGUGUGUGUGUGUGUGUGUGUGUGUGUGUGUCACACAUACAUGUACACAUAUCCCCUCUUGCAUAUUUCUAAGCUUUGAAAUAUUCUGCUAAGAUAUAAGGUAAAGGUAAAGGAUCCCUGGAUGUUUAAGUCCAGUCAAACUUCACUAUGGUGUGGUGGUGCUCAUCUCGCUUUCAGGCCAAGGGAGCCGGCGCUUGUCCGCAGACAGCUUUCCUGGUCAUGUGGCCAGCAUGACUAAACUACUUCCCACGCAACAGGACCCUGUAAUGAGUGCCAUACCAAAUGGAAACGCCGUUUACCUUCUUGAUGCAGCUGGUAUGCUUUCAAACUGCUAGGUUGGCAGGAGCUGGGACAGAGCAAUGGGAGCUCAGCCCAUCAUGUGGACUCGAACUGCUGACCUUUCAAUCGGCAAGCCCAAGAGGCUCAGUGGUUUAGACCACAGCGCCACCUUUGUCCCUGUGAUAGGAGCAGGAAUAUAAUGUUGAGAUGCCCUUCUCUCUCCCCACCUCUUCUCUGCCACAGCCUUAUACUGUCUAUAACAUUAGUGUCUCACAUUGAAUAUAACUGAUCUGUAGACAGGACUCUUUGAACUGAAAGCAGAGGUGCUAUGUGUACUUUUGUAACCCCAUAAAAUCUUAAUAAAAACAGUUUUUUGAAAAAUAUUGAGAUGGAUAUCUAUAUUUCUGAACAGGACCUUCUGAAGAAGAGCGUUUUUUCAGAGGAGAGCAUCACACUCUGUGUGCCAGAAAAAAACUGACAGAGAAUGAGAAAUGGGAACAAAGACUGCAAGAGAACUGGGAAAACUGUGUGGUAAGGACUUCUUUAAAAUUGUGGGCUUUAUUUUUUAAAAAACGUUGCUAGUAAUAUCUCAUUCAGGCUGCAUUCCUAUACACUCUUACAAGGAAGUAGGUGUCAUUGGACUCCUAAAUUAUUGUUUCUGACUCUGGAUAAAAAGUAUAGGACUGUCAGUGCAGUUUUAAAAAUAUUUUAUUUAAAGAAUUUGUAUCCUGCACUUCUGCCAAAAAGUGUUCCCAUAGCAGCUUAUAGAUCACAACAAGACAGUCCCUACCCUUAGGUUUAUAAUUGUAAAAUAUGGGGCACAAAAGGAAAUCUGAUUAGGAGGAAGGAGAUUUGUACUUAUGUAUGACAUCCUCCUACCUAUCAAAUUUCCAUUUGUGCCACAUCUUUUUAGAUUACAGUAAUCGCUUACUCUUAUUCUUCCUCUACUACUACUACAGGAUUCUCAACCCUGUCAGGUAGUUUGAACCUCUGCCAAAGAAGGCAGCAAAAUUCAGCUUGUCAAAUUUGUCACCCUAAUUUGUUAGCAGUUAUAGGUAUAACAGAGAGCCUAUAUGCAAAAACCAAAUUAACUCAGUGAGCCUCACAGUAGCUCAGCCAUCUUGCUUAGAAGUAAGGAGAGUUCUGUGUUGCAUGGAAACCAAGGGCCAAACAGAGAUGUGCAAAGUAAUCUCUGCUCCCUUUAAACAUUUAUUGUAUCCUUUAAACAUUUGCAAUCGAGCUAUGGAAUCUGGAGAUCCAUACUGGAACUGUGACAGGGGACAUUUUAACCCUUGCCUCUGUACCAUUUUCACCCCAUGAAUAUCUACCAACACCACCUCAGAGCUGUGAUAUGCAUUUCCCAACAGAGUAAAUAACAGUUUUGGAAGAGAUUUUUCUUGGGAAAAGAACAUGGUGGGAUUAACCCUCCCACCUCACCAAAUUACUCAAAUCCAUAUUGUGGUCCACUGGAGUUGUUAUUUGCAAGACCUGAGAUGCAUUCUUGUCUAGUUUGGUCUUGAUGCUGUCAUAAACGUUCAGUGUGCCAAAGAUCUCCACUUGACUGUUCAGCUAAAUGGGAUCUAUUUGUGUGUUCUUUGAAUUCCCUCCCACCACCAGAGUUUAAAUCUUUCGUACCAAGACUUGGGAGACCUUUACCAGGUAGAAAACUGCAAAAGGAUUCUCCGCCGUCUAAUCCGAGUGGAGAGGCUUUGGCUGGUGGACAACUCCUUGACAGAUCUAAGUGCCAUAUGCUUGCCAAGGUAAUUUGAUUAUUAUUGGGACUUUUCCAAGCAUUAACUAAGUUAAUAGCAGAACGAUGUAUAUCCCAUGCAUCCACAGUCACGAUUGCAAGCAAUUUACUAUAGUGGGUUUAAAUCAUUAGAUCACGUUAUACAUCAUUUGUUGCAAGCGCCAUCUGGAGAGGUGUUUUUUGGCCACUAGAAAUUGCACUCGACCUUAGUUCAUCCAAGUUUUAUUCAGCUUGGAAACUAGGCUUUCCCAGUUCAGAAAAGAAGCCAGGAACUUGAACCACAGUUUGGAGUUAUUAUAAGAUCCUAGACUGUUCUGACCCUGGCAACCACCAUUUGCCAGUCUGAAUGGAAAAAGGGGGGAUAAUGGUUGACAGAUUGUGCAAAGCUGAGGCUUCUGCAGGACAUAUUCUCAGGGUUGUUUCACUGGAACAUUAUCUCAUCACCCCAGAAAGUAGCACACCCAACUGUAGCAUAAGGUAAAGGGGUAAAGGGACCCCUGGCCAUUAGGUCCAGUCGCUGACGACUCUGAGGUUGCGGCGCUCAUCUCGCUUUAUUGGCCAAGGGAGCCAGUGUACAUCUUCUGGGUCAUGUGGCCAGCAUGACUAAGCCACUUCUGGCAAACCAGAGCAGCGCAUGGAAAUGCCGUUUACCUUCCUGCUGGAGCAGUACCUAUUUAUCUACUUGCACUUUGACAUGCUUUUGAACUGCUAGGUUGGCAGGAGCAGGGACCGAGCAAUGGGAGCUCACCCCAUUGCGGGGAUUCGAACCGCCAACCUUCUGAUUGUCAAGCAGGCUCUGUGACUACAGCGCCACCCGUGUCCCAUAGCACUGUAGUGUAGCCGGUGCUAUAUAAACAACCUGAGAGAGGCAGCCAGGUGAGAGGCAGUGAAGAGUGGAAGAUGCUGUCUGUGUUGCAAGGAGGGAGGAAAAACCAAGGCAAGCUUUUUUCCCCCUGAAGGGAAAGGAAAGUUCCAAAACAAAAAGGCAAAUCAAGGCUGGGAGACAUUUACUGUAGCUCUUGCAGCGAUACCAAAUAGUCUCUGUGUGGUCUUAUCAGAAAGGGAGUUUUUCCACACAUUGGUUAAUUGGAGACUUCUGGGUUUAAUUGCCGCAGGUUGUGAAAGGGGAAGCAAAGUGGCUGUUGACAUCUUGGCUAAUUGUGUCAAGAAACUGUUUUCCAAAUGAGCCCCUUCACUGACACAGGAAGAGUGUCAGAGAAAUGCAAUGUGAAACCAAGCUGAUACGGUCCUCACCUGAGGUCUUGACCGUUUCACAAACAGAUCUUUGAGCAUAGUUCUUGCCGCACUGGAGACUAAUGAGCGCAUUUUCUGGUGCCUUUUGUAAGAUAGUGUCAGUAUGGGGGUCCAUUGAAUUGCUUCUUACAAAAGAAUCAUUGUCUACAUUUUCAGGACUUAAAAUAAUAACCUCCCAAAAAACCCUUGUUGUUGUAAGUUGGAAUGUCUUUUUCCCUGCAUGUAAUAACUGAUUGCACACAUUUAAUGUGCUUUCCAGAUGCAAAGAGCUGAAACUCAGCAGAAAUCAUUUUACAUCCUUCAAGCAGCUGCCAAAACUACCUGCGAUUCAACAUCUGUCCCUUGAUGAGAACAACAUUGAGACCCUACAUGGGCUGUGUGCCCUGAGACACACUCCACUGGAGUCUCUCGUACUCCAGAGGAACCCCUGUGAGUUUCAUGACAACUACAGGCAGCUGUAAGUUAUUGCACGCCACUGGAGUGUAUUUAGUAGCAAGUCGGUCUGCAACAAAAUGUUGCAGCGUGUCAAGUGUCUCAUUUAGUCAGCCACCCCCUGCGCUCCACUCCAAUAGUCUGUCCCAGGGAUGGGGAACCUGUGGCCCUCCACAUGUUGCGGCAUGACAGCUCCCAUCAUUCCUGACUCUUUCACCACCCCUCUUAUCCAGCUCCCCCCUGCCAACAGUCACUUGCUUCUCUAUGGCCAGUGGGCAAAUUGGGUCCUCACUGGUAUAUUGAGGGGAAGGGGGGUUUGCACCCUUGAAUCCCCCCCAUCCUUUUGUACUUUGCAAACCAUGGGGUUCCUUUGAGUCUGCUGACACCUCCCUCUCAUACAUGGAUAGGAAACAUAGGAUUUUCACAGAGUCCGAUCGAGGAUCCUUCUAGCUCAGUAUUGACUGGCAUGGACUGUCUAGGAUUUCAGAUAGGGGAUAUUGUGAGAGCCGGUGUGGUGUAGUGGUUAAGAGCGGUGGACUCGUAAUCUGGUGAACCGGGUUCGCGUCUCCGUUCCUCCACAUGCAGCUGCUGGGUGACCUUGGGGGGGGGGGGACACAUCCUCUGUAUGCAAGGAUGUAAGAAAAGCCCUGCUGGAUCAGACCAAAAGUUUAUCUAGCUCAGCACCCAGCACAAUGUUUUCUGUCUGGCCAACCAGAUGCUCUUAGCCAUGCUAGGGGAUGUCUCUGCUUGUCACCGAGAGCCAGCGUGGUGUAGUGGUUAAGAGCGGUCUCCGCUCCUCCACAUGCAGCUGCUGGGUGACCUUGGGCUAGUCACACUUCUCUGAAGUCUCUCAGCCCCACUCACCUCACAGAGUGUUUGUUGUGGGGGAGGAAGGGAAAGGAGAUUGUUAGCCGCUUUGAGACUCCUUAGGGUAGUGAUAAAGCGGGAUAUCAAAUCCAAAACUCUUCUCUCUCUCUCUUCUCUAUCUGGAGAUGUCGGGGAUUGAACUUGGGGCAGCGUUUCUCAAACUUGGGUCUCCCCAAGCUGUUGUUGGACUACAACUCCCAUCAUCCCUGACCACUGGUCCUGCUAGCUAGGGGUGAUGGGAAUUGUAGUCCAACAGCAGCUGGGAACCCAAAUUUGAGAAACACUGACCUGGGGGCGCUUCUGUGUGCAGUUCAGAUUCUCUGCCACUGAACAAUGGCCCUUCUCCUGGUAUUGUCCUGAGUGGUGGUGUUUUGCGUACCGAAACACUUCUGAACACUGGAAAUAGAAGGAAUUGUGCGUUCCUGGGAAAGCAUGUGAAGUUGUUCUCAGAUUCACUGAUACACCCAAAGGCAUGGGAGUUGUAAGUUAAAGCCCAUAACCUUAACCUCUGCACCAUGGAGUCAGUCAAAGCAUUCUACUCUCACAUACUGUGCUCACUUAGAGUUUAAUUUCUGGACACCAGCUGUUUCCUUUGGUUUUUCUAGUGGGUCCACUAGCGGCAAAAGUGAGGUUGACUGACACACACACACCAAAUUUCAGGGAUGGAGAGCCCAAACUGGAGAGGGAGGGUAUGGGAGCAAAAUUGAAGUUAAGGUCAAGGGCAUGGGAUGGUGGAAAUUAAUUUACUCCUAAAUCAUAUUCUCUUCUAGUGUGUUCUCUAACUUGCCAAACUUGAAAAUGCUGGAUGGGAUCCUGAAACUGCCAGAGGACUGUCCUCCACCGGAAACCAAUUUUAUGUCGAAAAUAUGCACCAUCCUAUAG